AAAAAAAUAACCCUGGCCGAUCCAACACCGGGGAUUCAAAAAACUAGAAUAAUUUUUUAAAGCUUGGAUAAAAAAUGUAAUACCGUGAAGGGUAUAACUCCCUUUUUAACACUUUAUUUUCUUUAACGGGAAUAAUUCUAGCAGCAAUUGUACUGUUAGUUUUCAAACUAAGUACUUUUUUUUCUUUUUUGUUUCGCAAUUAGCAAGUUUAGCAAGUGUGGUUAGUGAUUUUUAAAUAUUUUUAAUUUUCUCAAUUUGGUUUUUAAUAAAAAGAAAAAAAUUAAAAAAUGUUUCCACAACGAUCAGGUAUGUUAUCAAAUAUUUCUAAAUUUUUAAAUUUUUAAUUAAGUAUUCUCUGUAGAUUUCGAACAACCUUCCACCAGCCGCGGUGCCCGUAAAAGUGUUCUUACCGUUGCAGAACUUAAAAAAAUGUGGAACAUUACCAAAGUUGUAGCGACGUUUAGCACUAGGGAGGACUGCAUUGCCUUUGCAGAAAAAGAGGGCUUAAUUUUAGACAAUAAAUUGUGCCGCAAGCAUAAGACACCCAUGAUCCCCACUCUAUCGGGUAAUAAUACGGUAGGGUCUUUUAGAUGCCGAAGAGGUAGUUGCCGUUCCCUGCCUGCUGUAUCUAGGGCCAAAGGCACUUGGUUUGAGAAUGCAAAGAUACCAUUGCCUCAGAUAUUUUAUCUGAUGUUCGCAUAUGCGUCUCAUUGGUGCCAGACCGAAGUCAGAAAAAAUAGCUUUAUAGCUAUUUUGUCAACAGCCACAAUAUGCGAUUGGUACAGUUAUUGCCGAGAGGCCGUUGUGUUGUACCAAAUAGACCACGAAGAGGCUGUGGGGAAAAUUGGCGGUCCCGGAAAAGUUGUACAAAUCGAUGAAAGCAAGUUUGGAAAACGAAAAUACAACAAAGGUAAUAACUCUUAUAUAUAUAAAAUUUUACGUACUAACUUAUUUUAUCAUAUUUCAGGUAGGAGAGUUAAGGGUCAUUGGGUACUGGGCAUGGUAGAGGAUGGGUGCGAGGAUUUGAGAUUGGCAGUGUGUCCCGAGAAUGUACGAUCUGCUGAGGUGCUCAUACCUAUUAUCAAGAAGCACGUGGCGGAAGGGUCAAUUAUAUGUACAGACUAUUGGAGGGCAUAUAAUUGCCUUUCCGAUCAUGGGUAUGAGCACCGAAGGGUCAAUCAUAGUGAUCCGGAAAAUCCCUUUGUCGCCCCAGACGGGACACACACUCAAAGAAUUGAGUCACAGUGGCGUGUGAUCAAGAGAUUCUUUUUAAAGGACAAUUUCUCAAACCAACGAAACUUUGCUGAUUUGAUAAUUGAGUAUCUGUGGCGUACAACCAUAAGAAGAAACCGUGAAGACCCUUUUGAAAAGCUUUUACAAGCAAUAAAGCAUACAUAUAAACCUUAAAUUUGUUUUUGCUUUUAUUUAUGACAAUAUAUUUUUUUUAUUAAAAUUUUUAUAGGUAUUUAGGGUAUAAUGAUUUUGCUUAUUUUCUUUUUCUGACAACUACGCAGAUAUGGCAAUACCACUUUUUUGCUAGUAUGCAACCCUAUUCUUGUUGUGUAAAUGAAGUGAAUUUAACUAAAAUAAAAUAAUUGAAAUAAAGCUUUAUUUUCAAUAAAUAUUAAUAAAAUAAAUAUGCAAAAACGUUAUAGUGAAGUGUUAGUAAGUGAAAAGUGCAUAAUAUAAGUGAAAAAGUUAUUCACAAUAAACAAAAUAUCAAAGUAAAAGUUGUCAAUUUUUCACAUUUAAAUGCAAAUAUCUUUAAAACUAUAAGUCAGCGGCAACUAAAUGUAUAUAUUUUCGUGAUCUGGAGAACGUCACCUUUCCAACGACACCCAUUUUAUCCCCGAAAGCCGGGGAUGCUAUUCUAAAUUUUAUUUUCCAAGCAUAUCUU